AUGGAGAUGUAAAUAUCCUGUUUGAAGAUGGGCUUGGUUUGGCAGAUUUCCACCUUCCCAACAAAACGAGCAUCCUGUAUGUGUCUGAGAGCGACAUCAUAGCUGGAAACAGCUACAAGAGGAAGCUGGUUUGUUAUAGAAAUGCCUGCAGCCGUUUCCAGGAGCUGGUGUUGGUGGAGAAGACCAGACUCACCAAACAGUACUUCUCUGCUCUUCAUAAGUUUGUGGUGUUUGAUUUGGGUCUGUCUCUGCUGCCGGUCGGUGGACAGAUGGAGGCGUCACUGCUCAUUGCUCAAAUCAUCUACAGGGAGGGCAGAGAAAACCCCUUCAGAUGGAGGACUUCAAGUCGGCUGAUGGAACCAAGGGUACUGACUCUUGUGCAGCACAUCCCCGGGGUUGGCAGGGUAAAAGCUUUGUCUCUUCUACAGGAGUUCUCCAGCAUCCAGCAACUCUGUAAUGCAGAUCUUAGUAAGUUGGAAUCGAUAGUGGGCCAGGCAAGCGCCCAGCAGGUCCACAAUUUUUUCCACAGGCCGCUGCUGUAACAUAAAGACCGCGGUCAAGUUGUCAACUAGCUCCCCUGGACUGUUAAGACCACAGUCAAGUUGUCAACCACUGCAUCUGYAAUUUAGACCAUGGUUCAGUUCUCAACCACCAUCCCUGGAACAUAAAGACAACUGUGUGGUCCUCAUCUACCAAAGCUAGCAUAUAAAAACCCAGGUCAAGUUAUCAAACAGCACCGUUUGAACCUAAAGAUAUCAGUGCAGAGCUAAACCACCACGUUCAGAACAUGUAGACCAUGGUCUAGUUUUCAACUGCUGCCCCUGAAACCUUGACUUAGGUGUAGUCCUCAGCCAUUUUUGCUGGAACAGGGUCAGAGUUUCAGUCAGUACUGAUCUGCUGCUGAGGUUUUCAGGGUCAGACUUUAUGGAAUGCUGCAGUAGCAGAUGAGAAACAGAAAGUGUUGUUUUAUUUUAUGUAUUUUUUUAUGUUCUAUUUCAAGACCAUUCAACUUCAGUUGACUUGUGUAAAGAUUACUGAAGGUUUAAGAAGAUUGAAAAAAUGUAUAUUAAAGAGUUUUUUACUCCUACAA